AUGCAUUUGACAACUUCGCUGUGUUAUUUACUUAUUUUAUUCUUCUCGUUCAAUUGUUCUAUACAAGGACAAAAUACAACUGACGAAAUUUCAACAUUAACAUCAGUAUCCGUUAAUACAACUACGACAACUAUUUCUGAAACAACUACAUCAAACGUAUCAUUAUCAUGUCCCGGAGGUCAUAUUGAUCCACCAAAAUGUGAAAAAUGUUCACAAAAUUAUACAACUAAAAAUGGCACAUGUAUUGAAAUAAAAAAUGAAGUUAAACCAUCACUGGUUAAUGGCCGUCGUAUUUUUCUCAUUUUUCUUGCUUGUCUUCUGACAGUCGUUUUACUUAUAAGUAUGUUAUUUGUGUAUAAACGUGUAAAUCAACAAUAUCAACGUCGUUUACCAUCAAAUCCAGGAAAUAGUUCGAAUACAUCAAAUAUAAGUAAUCGUUUUAGUACUAUGUUACGAUCAUUUCGUUUAAAUAAACGUGGCCGAUAUAAUUUCUUUUCCAUUUCAAAUAACAAUUCAUCAUUAGGACAAUAUCGACAACCAGAUACAUCACGUGCUCAUUUAAAUGAAAAUCCUGAUGAAGCUUUAUUAUUUGAUGAUCCAUAUACAGAUGGUUUUAAUAAUUCAUCAGCUAAUCCAUACAGAACAUUAACACUUUCUGUUACUUGA